CCAGAAAACCUGAAAUAUUUAAAUAUCUCAGGCACUCAAAUACCCAAAUUAACAACGUGCAUUCCUCAAACUCUUGAAGUUUUGGAUGUUAGUAGUAAUAACCUCGAUGAUUUUAGAUUAAAGCUACCACGUCUCAAAGAGCUCUAUGUUUCAAAAAACAAAUUAAAGACCUUGCCAGAUGCUCCAUUUAUUCCUAACUUAGUAGCCUUGAGAAUCAGCAGAAACAAAUUAACCAGUUUCUCGAAGGAAGAGUUUGGAUCAUUUAGGAAAAUGGAGACACUGGAUGCAGGUGACAAUAAUUUCAUCUGCUCUUGUGAAUUUCUCUCCUUCAUUCAAUAUCAGGAGGGAAUAGCUAAUGUCUUGGCUAACUGGCCAGAGAAUUACAUCUGUGACUCUCCGUCCUCUGUGAGAGGGCAGCAGGUAAAAGCUGCUCGGCUUUCGCUGUUUGAAUGUCACAGAACUUUGGCCGUGUCCUUAAUUUGCAUUCUGGUGGUCUUGGUAAUCCUGCUUAUUGUGACCCUGGGCUACAAACUUCAUGUGAUCUGGUACAUGAAAAUGACCUGGGCUUGGCUUCAAGCAAAAAGGAAACCCAAGAAAUCACACAAUCAUGUCUUUUGCUAUGAUGCUUUUGUUUCCUACAGUGAAAGAGAUUCCGAAUGGGUUGAAAACUUAAUGGUACAGGAACUUGAGAACGCUAUCCCCCCAUUUAAACUGUGCCUUCAUAAACGGGACUUUGUGCCUGGGAAGUGGAUCAUUGACAACAUCAUUGACUCCAUUGAAAAAAGUCAUAAAACUCUGUUUGUGCUGUCAGAGCACUUUGUGCAGAGCGAGUGGUGCAAGUAUGAGCUGGAGUUCUCGCACUUCCGUCUCUUUGAUGAGCAUAAUGAUGCAGCAAUUUUGAUCCUUUUGGAGCCCAUUCAGGAGCAAACAAUUCCCAAAAGAUUCUGUAAACUGAGGAAAAUAAUGAACACAAAGACCUACCUUGAAUGG